AUGUCAUUAACGACCAAGAUUUUCCAGGGCAGUAGGUACGAGAGUUCGGGUCUGGACGCGACCGUCCCUUUCAGCCCACGCCCCCUUGCUACAUGGGACUCAACAGUCCCGGUACUCGCGACUCGCUACUGGCUGUACUACAUCCAACACGGUGUGAGUCAUGACGUGCUCACGUCUCAGCUCCAGGAAUAUCCAAGCUGA